AUGGCUGAUGUGGAGAUGAUGGACGCUGCGCCAGCGGCCAAGGGCAGCAAAGCUGGUGCUGAGAGCAGCGGGGAGAAGAAGCCUAGAUUUGAGGUGAAGAAGUGGAACGCAGUCGCGCUGUGGGCGUGGGACAUCGUCGUCGACAACUGCGCCAUCUGCCGCAACCACAUCAUGGACCUGUGCAUCGACUGCCAGGCCAACCAGGCUUCGGCGACGUCUGAGGAGUGUACGGUGGCUUGGGGGAUCUGCAAUGUAUGUGCUUGCAUCACAGAAAAGUUGGAGCAGAAGCUGACAUAUGUGGCAGCACGCCUUCCACUUCCAUUGCAUCUCGCGCUGGCUCAAGACGCGUCAGGUCUGCCCGCUCGACAACCGGGACUGGGAGUUCCAGAAGUACGGUCGCUAGAGGAGGGGAGGGGAAGAAGCAAGAGCGCCACGACUGCAAGCAUGGUGAACAAGGUCAACGGAAGCACGAACGAAUCAAGGCGCACAAGAGGAAUGAGGCAUGGGCAUCGAAGCUCGGCGUGGCUGGCGUUAUGUGCUUCUCGGCAAAUGCUAGCGGUUCACAGCACCGUCUGCACCAGCAUAGACGUUGCGCUAGCCCUCAAAAUGAAAGCUCCAAACACAUGUCAUCUCCAUUCUUUACUCCGAAACCGCGUUGCCCACCCACCCCAUCAGCUCCCCUCCACAGUAAUCCCCUGCGCCCACGCCCCCCUCCCCGUCCUCGCCGGCAACCACGGCAACGGAUCCUUGUUGAAGAACGGCCACGGCGGUACCACCACCAGAAACCCCAAUGUAGAGUGUCUGGUAGAUGUUCUGGGUGACGAAGCCGACGAUGAAGGCGAGGAGGCCGGAGAGGGAGAGGAGGGUGGUGGAAAGGGUUUCGGCAAGGCGUUGGCCUUUGAAGUCCUGUAA